AUGUCAACAAGCUACCUCGGCCUCAACCUCUCAAGCUCCAGCAGUAAUAGACUCGCCGCGCCAGCAGCCUUCCUAGGCUGGCAGUGGUUCUACGCCUACUGUGUGCUGUCCAGCCGCACGUGGAAACAAUGGUACGGGAUCGACCACAAUGGCAGCCCGCGCCAGGACCUCACCAAGUACGCCGAAGUGGCGAUCCGGGAUGGCAAAUUGACCCGCGCGCAGGUCGACCAGAUCAAGCGUGUCGAGGCAGCUAGUGCCAAUGCCACUGAAGGUUUUACUUUGUUUGCUGCUUCAGUUCUUUUUGCUCUCAUCACGGAUGUGCCCACUUCGUCUCUGAUAAAUGCUUGCACCACCUACACAAUCGCCAGGUUGGUCUACGGCGUGGUGUAUGUCUUUGUCGAGGAUGAUUUCUGGAGUCAGGCACGUGGUAUCUCAUGGUGGACGGGCAAUAUCAGCUGUUUGUUCUUGCUUUGGAAAGGUGCUCAGUCUACUUCAUAG